UAGCUGGGUAUGCCUAUCCCCCUCAUUGCAGGGAGGAGAGGCUGAGGCCAUGCCAUCCUCCUGCCAGCCUGUACCACUGGCUGUUAGCCAUGUCCUUCACCAGUGGUGAAGAGAUAAGAGCUGAAGCCCCAGGAGGAGCUGUAGAACCUCCACCAAUGGUGGCAACAGCGGGGAGCCAUAGGGAAGAAGCAGAGCUGUGAAGGCACAUGAGAGGUGACAGCUGCAGGGCAGAAGCAGACCCUUUGGCUCCAGCAGCCUUUGAGAGAUGUGAAGUCGGGACAACCUCGGCAGCUCCUGCAGCAGCACCCUGGUACCCCAGUAGGGUGCUGCAGUUCAGAGAUGCGGGCUGUCCCAAAGCUGCAUGGGCAGAUGGGGGAGUAGCAGGUCACUCCUCUCCCCACCAUGGGGGGGGGAUAUCGGUGCUCCCUGCUUUCCCUUUGAAUUACCCUAGCACUGUCCAGUUUUGAGCUGCUGGCAGAUGCAAAACUUUAAAAUAUUCCAAAGUUAAAAAAACCCAAAACAACUGAAAAAAAAACCAACAACAACCACCCCAAAUUUGCAUUCCCUCUGCCCCUCUCCCAUCCCCCCAAACCCUCAGCCCAUGAAGUUUCCGGCCCAGCUCACUUCUGCCGAGCACAGGAAAGGCAGCGCCCGUGCAGCGAGCUGGCUGUGGGGCCACCGAGCCGGCCAGGAGAGAAGAUGUCAGACUCAGAGGGGUGCCAGGAGAGUGCUGAAGGCAUAAACCCCGUGGGAGAUGAAUCCUCUGGGGAGAGCGAGAGGCUGACAGCACAGUGGAGCGUGGAAGAUGAGGAGGAGGCAGCAAGAGAGCGGCGGCGGCGGGAGCGGGAGAAGCAGCUGAGGUCCCAGGCAGAAGAGGGCUUAAAUGGCACUGGAUCCUGCUCGGAGAGUGUGGGUCCAUCACAGGAAAACCACUAUGACUUUAAGCCAUCCGGGACUUCAGAGCUGGAGGAGGAUGAGGGGUUCAGUGACUGGUCCCAGAAGCUUGAGCAGCGCAAACAGAGGUUUCCACAACAGUCAUAUGAAGAAGAGGACGGUGGCGUGAGGGAAGCCGAAGUCAAACUGGAGCAGAUCGAACUGGAUCAGGAAAGCCUGGAGGAGAUUCGGGAGGAAAAUGUUGUUACUGAGGAGGAGGAAAGGCUGAGCCGAGAGGAAGAACAGGUCCAAGAGCAGGAGGAUGAGGAGAGAGCCAAGCAAGAGGAAAAGAAGCGAAGGAGAAAUGAAGAAGAAGAACAAACACCAGAGAAACGCCAGAAGGCCCCAAGCCCUGCCAGCCUGGUAGAGGAGGAGCUGUGCUCUGACCACAUGGCAGGAUGCUCCACCAAGAUCACAGACAGGACCGAGUCACUGAACCGCUCAAUAAAGAAAAGUAACAGCAUAAAGAAGACCCAGCCUCCCCUCCCUGUGUCCAAGAUCGAUGAUAGGCUGGAACAGUACACACAGGCUAUUGAGACAUCCACAAAGGCUCCAAAACCUGUCCGACAGCCCUCUCUGGACCUUCCCACCACAAGCAUGAUGGUAGCCAGCACAAAAAGCCUCUGGGAGACUGGAGAGGUGGCAGCUCAGUCUGCUGUAAAGUCCUCAUCCUGUAAGGAUAUUGUGGCUGGAGACAUUGUGAGUAAAAGAAGCCUUUGGGAACAGAAGGGCAAUCCCAAACCUGAGACCAACAUCAAGUCCACUCCUGGCAAAAAGUAUAAAUUUGUUGCAACAGGCCAUGGCCAGUACAAGAAGGUGUUGCUAGAGGAUGCUGCAGAGCAAUAGCAGGUCUGGAGAACUCAUUAAUCAGCUGAGGAUGGUCCUGGCUCAAUGCAGCACUCAAUGCUACUAUUUCCUCUGCUUCACAGAAGAUAAUUGAAGGAUGUUUCUCUCCUCCUGCCUGAUGUCAGUCUGCUUGGGUACAACCUGACCCCCUCAGGGUGUGAGCCAUACCCCAUGCUUCCUCCAGUUGGAUGAAAGGAAAUAGAUCAGCUGGCAAAACCCAUUCCUGUUUUAACCUUCUACAUGACUUCUUGGCUUUUUUAACUUUUUAUCUGGCUCUGCUAUGGAGAUGGGAGCCUGUGGCUCUGUUCCCUCUCUUCUUUCUCAAGUGUUGGAAGAGAGGGGUCUACUGCCCUGCUGAGCUGUCAGGGCUUUUGCUACAUGAUGAAUUUCUACUUGCGUGGCUCUUAGUGGCUGGGUGGUGGCAGAGAGAGAGCUCAGCAGAAACCUGGUGAAAGGAUCAGUGUUUGAAAGGAGGGCAAUAAGCAGAUCCUGAGCAUGAGGGGUCUGCAAGGACUUGUUACCUUGUUGAUACCAGCUAUGGGUAAAGUCUUCCCCUGUUUACAAUGCAGCCUCUGUCCCUCUACAACAUCUACUUUGAGGGACUUCCAUCUACUGUGUACACCAAAUCACAUUCAACUGUUUUUCUUUAGUUCCCAGAUCAUCCUUUAAUCACAGUUACGCACUCGCCAAGAUAUUCCUGCCACUUUUCUGUGUGUCAGUGGCAAUAACAGCUUUGCCUCAGCUGCUUCCUUCCUCUCCCUGUUUAACAUGGGUGGGAGGUCUCCUUUCCCAGGUAAGGAGUGCUGAUCACUGGCAUUAUCUCCCUUCUUUGGGAAAGGGGUUUGCUUGUUCUCUCACUUGUGGCCCUAAGUGCCAAUGACUGAAACGCUUCUGAAUGUCAGAGGUGGUGGGCAUGCUGAUAACCUGCCUGCUAGGCUCCUGGAGGUGGACAGGAUAUCUGGGAAAUGGCUGCUUCUCUUAUGCUGGAAGCUGUCUUGGUAAAAAUGCAUUGUAAUGAGUUUUUGGGGAGAUCAGGGAUUGCUGUGAACAUGGGGAAACUGAGCUCUUAAAGCAUGGCACUCUGAUCUUGGACCUGAGAUCUGUAAACUGGCUCCCAGGGCUGUUUCUGAGCUCUCCCACAUCUUCAUACUUCAUGGUGUUAACAUGUCCCUCAUCCUUUCUUUAAAGUCUCAUUCCUAUGCUCUUCCCAUGUCAAGAUAAUUUUGCAACUUGUUUUUGUCCUUUUGGAGUGAGAGCAACUUCUCUCUUUUCCUGCCUCAGUUUGCUUUUUGCUUAAAUUUACUGCGUUCUGGAUUUUUUUUUUUGUAAGCAUUUAAUAAAAUUUGAGGAAGAUGUAACAA